AUGACUGAGUGUGUGACAGUCGCCUUGCCAACUGAGGCUCAUGUAGAGGGGAAUGAGAAGAAAAACACAAGCAGAGGAAGAGGCAAUGACCGAAAGAUGACCAAGAAGAAUCAAGGAUAUUGUGGUCCACAAGGUCAUAAGAAGAAAGAUUGCCCACAACGACAACAAAGAUUUCAAACAUCUCAUGGAGGACCCAUAGGGAUCUAUGUAGAGUCUACUCCUUUUCAUGGACAGCCCAGGACAAACCAGUCCCAGUCUUCAUCCUAUGGUUUCACACCCCAAUCGGGCCAGCAGUCUCAGUAUCAACAUCAGUUCAGGCCACAAGGUUCAGGGUUCAACAUGGGGUACUCACAAGGUUUCCAAACUCUUGCUCCUAGUGGGAGUCAAAGAGGGUACAAUCAAGGUGGAGGGUUUGGUGCAAGUACAAGCUAUCCUAGUCAGGGAAAGGGAAAGGCAAAAGCAAAGUCAUUCGCUCAAGCCUACGCUCUUGGGGUUGAUGAUGUACAGGGCGGUGCUGACCAAGGAGUUGUUGAUGGUAUGGUUCUUAUCUCACACUCUUGGGCUCAUGAGUUAUUUGAUACUGGUGCGUCACAUUCCUUUAUAUCUUUGAUGUUUGCUAGUAUGUUGGGUUUGAGUUGGAAAAAUUUUAGUCCUGCAUUGCAUUUGAGUGUACCUAUGGAGGGACACGAUGAGGUAUCCACCAUAUGUAGGUUAGUUUGUAUUGUGUUCGAGGGACACAAGUUAUCUGGAAACUUAUUAGUGUUGCCUAUGGGGCAAUUUGAUGUAAUUCUCGGCAUGGAUUGGUUGUCUAAAUACCAAGCUAUUGUGGAUUGUUCACGUAAAAGAGUGACUCUUUUAACCCCUAGUGGUGAUUUUAUUAUUUAUCGAGCCAACAUGAGUGCAGUGAGACAAAAUCCUAUCUUAAGGGCAUAUUUAGGUGGAAAGAGAAACUUAGAGUGUUAUGGGAAUCUGUUUGCGAUCGAUGAUGAGUCUAGGAAUUUAGACCAGUUUCCUUGGAUAUCAGUGGUUAGUGGUUUUCUGGAUGUGUUUCCAGAGGAUUUACCAGGGUUACCACUUGAUAGGGAGAUCGAGUUUUGCAUUGAUUUGAUUCCCAAAGCUCAACCAGUUUCUAUUGCGCCUUAUCGCAUGGCACCUGCAGAGUUGGCUCGAUUGAAAAAACAAUUAGGGGAGUUAAUGGAUAAGGGUUACAUCAGACAUAGUACUUCUCCAUGGGGAGCUACAAUCUUGUUCGCCAAGAAAGCUGAUGGGACUUUGCGACUUUGUAUCGACUAUAGAAAGCUGAAUCAGAUGACAAUUAAAAACAAAUAUCCUCUACCGAGGAUUAAUGAAUUAUUUGAUCAACUUGGUUGUUCAAAGUUCUUUUCAAAGAUUGAUUUGAGGUCAGGCUACCAUCAAUUGAGGAUUAGGGAAGAAGAUAUCCCUUAG